AUGGCCCUUUCAGCAUGCAAUGCCGUUACGAACCCCGGCUUUGAAUCCGGAGUUCUAUUCCCCUGGCAUCCAUCUGCAGUGAAUGUUGCCAAAGUGAGCAAUGGAACAAGCUCUUACAGCGGUGACCACUACCUUGCAUUGACAACCGCCAUUGAUAAUGGUGCCAACACUAUCUCUCAGCUUUUGAAGGGUCUCAAGCCGGGCACUAAAUAUACCUUCACCGCGGAGGCGCAGGUCCCAUAUGAUAGCUCUGAGUACUGCUUUAUCUACGCUUAUGCGGGUCACAAUGCUACUCGUGGUGAGAUUGCGCAACAGGAGCUGGACCAGGAUACAUUUGGAUCAUGGGUGUCUGUCACUGGAAGCUUUGUGGCGAAGAAGUCAACUGCUGAGUUGCAUGUUUCUGCGUCGUGUGAUUCCGAGGAUAACUCGUAUACUGGCCUUGUAUGGCUUGAUUCGAUUGGUGUGGUUCCCGAAGGUGGCUGUGGAUCUUAA